CCCAGGAAGCUGGAUCCAGGCCGACCCAGGGAACUGUAGCCGGGAAAGCCUGUUUGCUCUCCUGGUUUGGUUCCGAGCGACGGGAGAGGACCCCCGCCGACCACCGGGAACCCUUCAGGGACCAGAGAGAGACAGAGAGGCAGAGAGAACACAGUGAGGGCCCAACCGACUCUCGCCCGCUCACCUAUCGGUGGAAUCGUUCUCUGCCCCCGACGACCCAGCGAACGCUUCUCCUCACCGGACAUCGGACCCGAUGGAGCUGGACCGCAUGAACCCCAGCUCUGGGCUGCACCCCAGCAGUGGGCUGCACCCCUAUCCUGGCCAGAGGGCGGGAGUGACCGCGAAGCCCAAUGUCAUCUUGCAGAUUGGGAAGUGCCGGGCAGAGAUGCUGGAACACGUGCGCAAGACCCACCGGCACCUACUGGCUGAGGUAUCCCGCCAGGUGGAGCGGGAGCUGAAGGGCCUGCACAAGUCCGUGGGCAAGCUGGAGAGCAACCUGGACGGCUACGUGCCCUCCUCAGACUCCCAACGCUGGAAGAAGUCCAUCAAGGCCUGCCUGUCCCGCUGCCAGGAGACCAUCGCCCACCUGGAGCGCUGGGUCAAACGGGAGAUGAACGUCUGGAGGGAGGUCUUCUACCGGCUGGAGCGCUGGGCGGACCGCCUGGAGGCCAUGGGGGGCAAGUACCCUGCGGGCGAGCAGGCCCGGAGGACGGUGUCAGUGGGCGUGGGUGGCCCUGAGACCAGCUGCCCGGGGGAAGAGAGCUAUGACUGUCCCAUCAGUCCCUAUGCCAUCCCCCCCUCCACCGGAGAGUCCCCAGAGAGCCUGGACCAGGGUGACCAGCACUACCAGCAAUGGUUCGCCCUGCCCGAAGAGUCGCCGGUCAGUCCGGGAGUGGACACUCAGAUCUUUGAGGACCCACGCGAGUUCCUGCGUCACCUGGAGAAGUACCUGAAGCAGGUGGGUGGCACGGAGGAGGACUGGCUGUCCCAGAUCCAGAACCACAUGAAUGGGCCGGCCAAGAAAUGGUGGGAGUACAAGCAGGGCUCCGUGAAGAACUGGCUGGAGUUCAAGAAGGAGUUCCUGCAGUACAGCGAGGGCACGCUGACCCGAGACGCCCUCAAGCGCGAGCUGGACCUACCCCAGAAGCAGGGUGAGCCCCUGGACCAGUUUCUCUGGCGCAAGCGAGACCUGUACCAGACCCUGUACGUGGAUGCCGACGAGGAGGAGAUCAUCCAGUACGUAGUCGGGACGCUGCAGCCCAAGCUCAAGCGCUUCCUCCACCACCCGCUGCCCAAGACGCUGGAGCAGCUGAUCCAGAGGGGCCAGGAGGUCCAGAAUGGGCUGGAGCCAACCGAUGACCAGGCCGGACAGAGGACCCAGUCUGAAGACAAUGACGAGUCGCUGACCCCAGCCGUCACCAAUGAGUCCACCGCCAGCGAAGGGACCCUGCCCGAGUAGAGGCUGCUCCCUUGCGCCACCCCCCGUGUCACCCCUGUGCCCACCACAGCCUGUUUCCACCCGCUCCCUCCUCUCUGACCACGGGGAGUUUGACUUGACUUCCAGAUGGACACAUGGAGAAUGAUAACCUCAGGGGUACGCCCUGACUCUUUCAACAGCAGACACAGCAUUCAAGACACCCCUUGCUGAGUCUGCUGCCCUGCUUCUAGUCCCAUCAGCAUCUUCCCUGCAGCCUAACAGCCACUUCUCGGGGUCACCCCGACCCGAGGCACAAUUGGCCACUCUUGACCCCCUCACCACUCCCACCAUGCCACCCUCAUCCUCCUGCUCCUCCUCUUCCUCUGCACUGAAGACAUCAAAAGAGCCUGAUGUGCAGCACUCCCCCCGGACAACAUGAAGCCCAGACAUGACCUGGUCCUGGCCCUUCAGCUCAUGCACUCCAGAAGACAUCCUGUCUGAACCCCACUCAGAAGGGGACUGAGGGGAAGCCUGGUCCCAAGCCUGUCCUGACAGCCCCCUCUGGGAUGCAGCCACAGUGUUCUGCUCUCCCCAAGACACUUCUUGCACAGUGACCACAGCAGCAGAGGCAGCAAAUGGUGUCCAGUGGUGGCUUCAGUGUCUCCCAAGAGCAAGAAGGUGUGAUGACUCGGCCAGUGCUGGCAGUCGAGAGCCGAUGAUUCAGGCAGAGCAGAGCUCGGACAGUGGGAGCCCAGAUCCAGGAUGCGGCCCGAAAUCUGCGAUGGGCGUCCUGUGGCAGCCACCACGUGGUCUAACCAGUCAGAGCCUCCAGGUACCCAUAUCCUACCAACCCGUGCUGCUGCAUACGAGAGAAAGUGCCUUGGGAAGGCAGAGUCUGAGUCAGCAGAGCUCCAUGCCCCAGAGAGGAGGAGGAGGAGAAAAAGAGCUGGGCAGCUGCUUCCCCAACCACGUGAAGCUGAAGCCAGGCAGAGGAGACCAGUGAAGAACAGAACAGCCAAGACCCAGCAGGGACGGGGAGACACAAGCUGCCCUGAAUCCCCUCUCUCCGGGGGAGAGGCUCCCUGGAGAAGAAGGCCCGCAAGAUGCUUUUUGAUCACAGCCAGUUCCUGAGGGAGUCUGCUGUUCGAAGAGUCUCUGCUCUUUCCCAGAGUGUGAGGGGGACUGGGUGGGGGAGGGAGAGUGCCCUGUCUUCCCCACAUUGCCACCUGCUGCCCUCGAGUUCCUCGCUGGGCUGCAUGGGACUGGGGAGUGUAGAGCACAACUGAGUCCAGGGUCCCAACAUCCUGAUUGCCCCAACUUUGACAGUGGCCAGAUGCCUGGCCCAAACUAAUUGAUCUGAGUUUUCUCCAUCCCCCAAACCCCCCACUCUCCCACCAUUUGCGACGGUCGGUCAGUGCACCACCCAAUGGCCCAUCCCCCCGUGGCGGGGCCAAUUCAGCCAGUGGCAGGCCCUUGCCCUUUCCCAAACUGUAGACCUUCCACCCUCCUGUUGCACCAUGUGGCUGAAAUGCCCACCCCGAGUCCACUGAAGCUGCUUUGAUACACACAUCUUUAUUUUUUCAUACCUAGAACUGAUCCAUCAGCCCGGUUGGUCAACCAGCCUGGGCCUGGGGCUCAAUUGGCCCCAGGCUCGCUGGGCCCUGGGUUCGCUUGACCCGCUUCAUGCCAAAGCUGUUUGCUCACUGCUGCCAUGUGACCUUUAAGUCCCAAGGGCCACAGAGCGGAUAUGUCGGAGUCGGGGUCAUGGGUGCUGUUGAACUGCUGAAUCCCAUCUGGGGCCAGGGGUCAGGUGCUGGUCACAAUCCAUCGCAGCAGGAAAAUUGCCUUUUGUAAGAUUUCUUUAA